UUGUGCCUGGUGACAGGAUACGGACGGAGUUUGUGCGCGUUCCGUUGCAUCGUAGAGCUACCGGGAUCCGUGAAUAGAGCGAGUUAAGUAGCACGAGACAUGCCCUGAACCGAGCAUACUGAAUGGGGAUUCUCUCUCAUCCCGGAUCGCCGGUCUCACGAACCCUUCUUCGUAUUUCUCUCUUUUUCACCGAGCAGCGUAAUUAUCGUCGCCUUGAACGAUGCAUCACGCUGCAUCAGGACGACACAUUGGUGUGCAGGUUAAAACUGUGCUCAGCAUCUUUUUUAAGAACUUUGCGCGUCCUUCAAACGAAUCCACGAACAGACUGUUCGUUCUUACUCCUUUAAACAUUAAUGUAAUAUAGAUUUUUUUUUCUUUUUUGAUAAGAAUGAACAUUUCCCCCUUAAUACCCUCGUUCUGACACCGAGAGCGAACGGGUCAACGUAAAAAAUUUCUCAUCGAAUAUCUUAGCCACGAACAUUGACUCAGGUGGAUCCUCUAUAGAUAAUCUAACAAAAUGGUCCGCGUUUAUCUAGUUCCUUCUUCGUCGCGCGCGCGGUAAUCUCCGCGAAAAUGUUGAUCGGUGGUCUAAGGUUUUUUCGUCGGGUCCUCGUGACAGUUGAGUUUCGUCGAUUAUUUUUCGACGGGAAAACCGUUUAAGUGCAAUAACGUCGUGGGAGAUCAGUAUGUCAUGAUCGGAUUCGAUCAACUGUACAGUGGUGGUCCCAUGGAAGGCACGUUGGAAGAACCCCCUAUUAAGGACUCAUCUCAGGCCAGUCCUGAUAAGGUUCUCAAAGAUGUCGUGAUACCAAAUGGAGUUAACGGAAAUUAUAAUGACACCGAAGGAUUUAUUGAUUCGGAGAAUGUAUCUAAAUCAUCAAAAGAAACAGACAAUGCCACAAAAGGGGAGGGGGAGGAAAAUGAGGAAGAAGAUGACGAGGACGAACGUAGAAUGGAAGUUGAAAUUGAAGAUGGAGAAAUAGAAUCAGAAGACAGUGAGCAGGAUAGUAUACCGGAAAGUAGGAGUAAAGGGAGUGAAAUGUUUGAGUCAAGGGAUGACUCUAAUCUAAUUAAAUCAUCCGAGGGUGUCAGUGAGACGAACAAUUCUAGUGAAGUGUCUAAAACUGAUGAUAAGUGUAAAAACACAUCUUGUGAGGCUAUGGAAAUCGAUGAACAGAGUAAUAACUCAGAUGUUGAAUGUUUGGAUGAAAGCAUAACAGAGAUACAAUUUGAUAAUGACGAUGUGUUCACUAUGAAAAACUCUGCCCAUAAGGAUAACCAGAAUCUAUCUGGCAGCAGUGAUUUAGAUCAGCUUAACAACAGUAGCGAAAUUACUGAUAGCACCAUGGAUACGUCUGACGUGAAAAUAUGCGAAGAAAAUGGAAGCUGUGAGAGCCCUGAUAUUGAAGAAAUAACUGAUAGUGCAAAGAAUGGUCAUAAUGCUUCGCCAGAGCGAGCUAAUAAAGAUCCUACGAAACAAAGGAAGCCAAGGAAACAAGUAGACCUUAGUAGUAUUACACCGAGAAGGAGUUCUCGUAAUAUAAAGAGGACAAGUUAUAUAGAAAAGGAAAUAGAAGAAGAAGAUGUAGACGAUGAUGGUUCUGACAUAGAAGAAAUUAAGCCAGAAGAUCCUUUGGCUGGUAUUGAUGGUAAAGAUAAAGAGAAUUCUAAACUAAAAUCUCCAAUCAAAAACAGUAAAACUACUAUUGUAGUUAACGAUACUAAACGUCUGGUAGAAAUUGCAGCUGGUAGUAAAUCAGUGAAAGGAGGGAAGAAAGAACCCACCUUAGUUAUUAUAGAUACAAACUCUAUUCUUUCUGGGCGUGGUGGUGUUCCUGUGAGUAACAGUAAGCCUCAUCACACUGUCUCCAGUUCUAGUUCUUUUUCAGUUGUCCCAAUGGGUAUGACAACACAAACAAUGUAUCCUAAUAUGAGGACAACUAUCACACCAGUACCCAUGACGUCAAAAACUGCACAGUUAAGUCCCAAGACAAGCAGUAUGACUACGGUAACACCUACAGUACCUCCAAUAUUACCUACUUUAACUGAUGAUAUGUUUGUCGUAGAGGCUCCAUCUUUUAUAGUACCAUAUGUAUAUGAAAAGCCACCUCUUAAACCAUUAAAAGAUUUUGUCACAAAAUUGGAACAAUGCUUAGAAGAGAAAGAAAAGGAAGAACAAAGCAAAAGAAGCGAAGAAAAUAAGGGAGAAGAAGGCAAUGAAGAUUCAUUGGAUAUGAGUCAGAAAAACAAAGAUAAGGGCGAAGAAAGCGAAGGCGAAGGAAGCUCUAAGAGCAAGAAGGAUGGAGAGGAUAAUAGAGGAGGUGACAAUUCAGUGGACUUAACUGAAUCUGGAUUUAGUAAUAUAGGCGAUAAACAAGACAUAAGGCAAGAUGAUAGAAAUAAAAUACUGACAUACUUUGACUUACCAUUGGGCAAAUUUUUCAUGCAAAUCGGAGUGAAUCUUGUUCAAGAGUAUGUGCAAACAGAUCUUUUACGGACUCAAAAACGUAAACAGGGCAAAGGUAGCACAUCCGCUGAAACUCAAUUAGCUAUAAAUUCACUCAUCAAAAACCUAGAAUUUAGUAAAGAAAAUAAUGAACCAUUCCACUUAGAACUGAAAAAAUGUGAAUUCUGUAGUUUUAAAACAGAAUCGACCUUAGUCAUGCAGCAUCAUUUAGAAACUCCGCAUAUGCGCAAUUACGUCUACAAAUGUAACUUUUGUCCAAUUGAGGUGCGUAGUCCUCACGAUAUCUUAUUUCACAUGGAGGCGGAACAUAAUACUCGUGGAAGGUUGGAACGUGGACCAGCUUUCCAUCAAUGCCCCAAUUGUCCGUUUGAAGACAACCAAAAAGGCAAACUAACUCGGCAUAUACUUGCCUGUACGAAAAAAUUCAGACCAGAGAAGAAUUUAGAACCAGCUGCUGAUUGGGAACCUCCUGCAAAGAUACCAAGACUAAAUCGAGCACGACCUGUUGGACCCACUAAUCCCAAUGCAAUUGCUGCCAUGGCAAUGGGUGGCAAAGGACCACAGCCACUUUUACCAAAACUACUUCCUGCUCCGAUCACAGGUCGUGGAAGAGGUCGACCACCUAUGCAGCCCAGAUACUCAGAUAUGAAAACACUGCGACCAGGUGGAACACAAAUGCGGCAGGAUAACGUUGCAGGAAUGAUGUAUCGUCCGACCUCUUCUGGUUUAUUGGUACCUACUUCAUACCAAUUUGGUAGUAAUCAGAUAUUCCAGGUGGUGGGUGGCUCUGGGACUGUCAUGUCGGCUGUCUCGGGAGUGAGUAGCAGUAGCGGCGGCAGUUCCGGUCAACCCACACCCAUUGCACUUGUACCCAACGUAAUCGACUCUCUCUCUAGGUUGUCCUCGUCACAGAACACGACAUCCAAUCCUAAAAAUCCUACAGCAAAAUUAUUGAGUCAACCAAGUAUAUCUAUAACACCACUGCCGCGUACAACAUCUCAGUCUUCUAUUCCUGGUUCUGGUACUUCAUCAAAGUCAGGGGGGAAGACUACAUUUGUUAUAUGCGAGAUCUGCGAUGGUUAUAUUAAGGAUUUAGAACAACUUCGUAAUCACAUGCAAUGGAUUCACAAAGUGAAAAUACAUCCAAAGAUGAUUUAUAAUAGACCUCCACUGAACUGCCAAAAAUGUCAGUUCCGAUUUUUCACAGAUCAGGGUCUUGAAAGACACUUACUUGGGUCUCACGGUUUGGUUACAUCGAGUAUGCAGGAAGCAGCAAACAAAGGAAAGGACGCAGGUCGCUGUCCUGCUUGUGGCAGGGUAUAUCAAUGGAAAUUAUUAAAUCAUGUCGCGCGAGAUCAUGGAAUGACUUUAAAGCCUGCGCAUCUAUCUUAUAAGUGUACAGUCUGCACUGCCACGUUCGGAAUGUAUAAGCAGUUCGAGAACCAUGUUUAUUCGGCACAUAGUGUCGUAGCUAAGAGAGUAAUGGAUAAGAAGAAUACACCUUCAUCUCCAUCGUCCAGAUCCAAUGAUUCCCUUCUGAAACCAUUGAAGAUCAAUGACGAGAUCACAAUUAUUCCACAACCAGCAAAACCUACAACUAGGUCGGGUACAUCUCAAGGCAGAGGAAAAUAGCAAUGAUCAGCAGAGUGAUACAUGUGUCUUGUCUUACUGAAUUUCACGUAACAAUUUUGUGGUACUCCAUACCGGUCAUUGUAGUACACAGUGACUGACGUGCCGUGUACAUGUGUAUGCAUAUU